GGGGACAAGAGAAACCCACCCCCCAACCUCCCGGCCUCGGGAUCCUGCUCUGGAGCUGCCAGGGAGCCGAUGAUGUCCACGCAGACCCGGCUUCUGACACUGUCCACGCAGCCGGGGGAAGGUGGCCGGCCGCAGCCGGCCGAGCCUUAGGCGCACAAAGCGCGAGCCCGCCGACGACUUUGCCGCUCGCUCCGCCGCUCUUUGUCUGCACUUGGGGCGCACGCCCGACUCUGGGAUUUCGCUGCGAGAGCGGGCUGGGGGGGCCGGGGGCGAGCUCUCGGUUCCCCGGCCGCCCCCCGCUCGGGCUCGCCUCCCCCCUCCCCCGCACGUCCCCGGCUCGGGCUCUCAGCGCUUCCAAGCUCUCGGAAUCGCGACCCCUCCCUGCCAUGUAUCCGCAAGGCAGACAUCCGGCACCCCAUCAACCCGGGCAGCCGGGAUUUAAAUUCACUGUGGCCGAGUCCUGUGACAGGAUCAAAGACGAAUUCCAGUUCCUGCAAGCUCAGUAUCACAGCCUCAAAGUGGAGUACGACAAGCUGGCGAACGAGAAGACAGAGAUGCAGCGCCAUUAUGUGAUGUACUAUGAGAUGUCCUACGGCUUGAAUAUCGAAAUGCACAAGCAGACAGAGAUCGCGAAGAGACUGAACACGAUUCUAGCCCAGAUCAUGCCUUUUUUGUCACAGGAGCAUCAGCAACAAGUGGCGCAGGCUGUGGAACGCGCCAAGCAGGUCACCAUGACGGAGCUGAACGCCAUCAUCGGGCAGCAGCAACUCCAGGCACAGCACCUCUCCCAUGCCACACAUGGUCCCCCGGUCCAGCUGCCACCCCACCCGUCAGGCCUUCAACCUCCUGGGAUUCCCCCAGUGACAGGAAGCAGCUCUGGGUUGCUGGCACUUGGUGCCCUGGGAAGCCAAGCCCACUUGGCAGUGAAGGAUGAGAAGAACCACCAUGAACUGGAUCACAGAGAGAGAGAGUCCAGCACGAACAAUUCUGUGUCACCCUCAGAAAGCCUCCGGGCCAGUGAGAAGCACCGGGGCUCUGCAGACUACAGCAUGGAAGCCAAGAAGCGGAAAGCAGAAGAGAAAGACAGCCUGAGCCGAUACGACAGCGAUGGGGACAAGAGUGAUGACCUGGUGGUGGAUGUAUCCAAUGAGGACCCAGCGACACCCCGGGUGAGCCCAGCACACUCCCCUCCUGAAAAUGGGCUGGACAAAGCCCGAGGUCUGAAGAAAGACGCCCCCACCAGCCCAGCCUCUGUGGCUUCCUCCAGCAGCACGCCUUCCUCCAAGACCAAAGACCUUGGUCAUAAUGACAAAUCUUCCACACCUGGGCUCAAGUCCAACACACCAACGCCAAGGAACGAUGCCCCAACUCCAGGCACCAGCACCACCCCGGGGCUCCGGUCAAUGCCGGGCAAACCUCCAGGCAUGGACCCGAUAGCCUCGGCCCUGCGCACACCCAUCUCCCUCACCAGCUCCUAUGCAGCACCCUUUGCCAUGAUGAGCCACCACGAGAUGAAUGGCUCCCUCACCAGCCCAAGCGCCUAUGCUGGCCUACACAACAUCCCAUCCCAGAUGAGCGCCGCCGCAGCAGCCGCAGCCGCCGCCUAUGGCCGAUCGCCAAUGGUUGGUUUUGACCCUCAUCCCCCGAUGCGGGCCACAGGCCUGCCCUCCAGUCUUGCCUCCAUUCCUGGAGGGAAACCGGCAUACUCCUUCCAUGUGAGUGCCGACGGGCAGAUGCAACCUGUGCCCUUCCCCCAUGAUGCGCUAGCAGGCCCCGGCAUUCCCAGGCAUGCCCGGCAGAUCAACACACUCAGCCAUGGGGAGGUGGUAUGUGCCGUGACCAUCAGCAACCCCACGAGGCACGUCUACACAGGCGGCAAGGGCUGUGUGAAGAUAUGGGACAUCAGCCAGCCGGGCAGCAAGAGUCCCAUCUCCCAGCUGGACUGCCUGAACAGGGACAACUACAUCCGCUCAUGCAAGCUUCUCCCCGAUGGGCGCACGCUCAUUGUGGGUGGUGAGGCCAGCACGCUCACCAUCUGGGACCUGGCCUCGCCCACGCCCCGCAUCAAGGCUGAGCUGACGUCCUCUGCUCCAGCCUGUUACGCCCUGGCCAUCAGUCCUGAUGCCAAAGUCUGUUUCUCCUGCUGCAGUGAUGGGAACAUUGCAGUUUGGGAUCUGCACAACCAGACCCUGGUCAGGCAGUUCCAGGGCCACACGGAUGGGGCCAGCUGUAUAGACAUCUCUCAUGAUGGCACUAAACUGUGGACCGGGGGCCUGGACAACACUGUGCGCUCCUGGGACCUGCGUGAAGGGCGGCAGCUACAGCAACACGACUUCACCUCCCAGAUCUUCUCCCUGGGUUACUGCCCCACUGGGGAGUGGCUCGCCGUGGGCAUGGAGAGCAGCAACGUGGAGGUUCUGCACCACACCAAGCCGGACAAGUACCAGUUGCAUCUGCACGAGAGCUGCGUGCUGUCCCUCAAGUUUGCCUACUGUGGCAAGUGGUUUGUGAGCACUGGGAAAGACAACCUUCUCAAUGCCUGGAGGACGCCUUACGGAGCCAGCAUCUUCCAGUCUAAAGAAUCCUCAUCCGUCUUGAGCUGUGACAUUUCAGCGGAUGACAAAUAUAUUGUAACGGGCUCUGGUGACAAGAAGGCCACAGUUUACGAGGUCAUCUACUGAACAAGGACUCUAAGAGGCCUGUCAAACUCUGGGAGACACCCACGCGGCCCUGACAGGGAGAUGCUGGCCAGGCCCCGAGGAUGGCAGAAGAAUGAGGGAGCAGCAUUGUGGGGCUGCCCUCCGGAAGGUGGAGAGGACGCACGCCCCUUUGUGGAUUGAUGUCUGACAGACUUGAAGGACUUUCUCCUCUCCCCCUAACCAGUGCUGGCAGAUGCUUCAAUUAGAUUUCUCUGGAGGCUUCUGCUUUCGUUUCCCACACAGACACCCUCAUGAGUCUCUGUCUCUCCCUCCCCUGUCUGAUCUGUCCCCUCCCUACUCCAGGUUGGGGGCAUGCUGGAGUAGACAUUGUUGUUUCUGGGGAGGGGCGCCUCGUUCUGAUUGUGCAGUGCACAAGAUUUGUGAACAAUGUAAAUAAGAGACUGGUUGCUGACUGGCCAGUGAGGGGGAGGCCCCUUCCCACCAGUGCUCGCCGUGUAUUUUGCCUGCUGUAUUUGUAACCCACUCGCGGUGGUGGCUUUUCUUUCUUUUUUUCUUAAGAUUUUUUUUUUUAAACAGAUGUUCUGUGGGGAAAGUAGGCAGAGAUAGAGAGUCGGGGAGUGGAAUGAGAAGCUUCCUGGGGAUGGGCAAACCAGCCUGGCCCACUGGGACUGAAGUGUAUCUCCACACGGGUUUUAGCACCAUCUUCAGAUGGAAUGAUAGGCAGAUGGACAGACAAGCUGAUGGACAGUACUGGGAUGGGCCAGCUUGGGCUAUUAUCCACAGGAACAGCGAGGAUUUCCUGUGGGUUUCUCUGCUCCAUCUUAUCUCUUGCCUUGCCCUCACACCUCCUGACCUCCAUCUCUUUCUGCCCCCCUCCCCCGCUCGCCUCUCCCCCUGGACCCCAUCUUUCUCUUUGGUGCACACUCAAUCAUUGUGAUGAGGAAUGGAAGGUCAAGGGAACUCCCUCUCUGACUCUCCUCCGCCAGCCUAGAAAGGAUUCCAUAUGGGGGUGGGAGGGAGACAAGUGACUCAGCUCAGGGAGCUACCAGAGAAAAACAGCAACUGGUGUGGGUGCUUUUUUUUUUUAGUUUGAAUAAAAAUAAUUAGAAGUGAUAUCCUUUGAUAAGAUGCCGUCUCCCCUUUCCUGCUCUCAGCCCUUUCUGCUCCCUGAAGCUGGGGAUAUGGUGACCCCCAGGGUCGUAAGUCUAAGAAGAUGGGCGGGGAAGCGGGCUGGGGGCUGGGGCAGACAGAAAGUCAUCUGCAGAUAUCACCCCUAGGGUACCAAUGUUUGUGGUAUUAGGUUUGCUUUGUUUUGUUUUGGUCUUUUGUUGUUUUAUUAAAGAAAAGCUAAAGACCGUGUGAGCCCUGCUGGUGGGCUCUCCGUGGAUGUAGCAUAUGGAAGAGAGUUUUUAUAUUGCAUUUUUAUGGAUUAUUUUAUAAUGUGGGACUCAGUCUGGGAAGAAAGAUGAGGGUGUCUAAAACCUGCCCAUCUCCAGUGCUCCAGCUGAGCGGCUGCCCCGAACAGGAUGUAUGUUGGGACAUGGAAAGACCGUGGCACCCCGCACCUUCCUGAGAGGCAUGUUGUCGUGCCCGUCUGGAGUCUGUCCAUCUGUCUCUGGGUUUCAGAUGGUCACUGGCCACCACUUGUUAAGGCUCUAGCCAGAAGGGAGGGUUAGGGUGGAAGAGAGUUAUUCCUGAAGAAAAAAGAAAAAUUGAAAAGUCAUUGUAAUGAAGCUUUUUAUAUUUUUAAAAGUUACUAUUUAAAAA